CGGGCGGACACCGGACGGACACACCGCACCGCCAUCGCCCAUCGGCAUCGCCUCCCAACCGUGGUUGACGAGCUCCUGGAGCAGAUCACCCAAACGCGAAAGCCAAAAGCCAAAGCGAGCGGAGCACAAUUUAUCGUGCGCAGCAUCGGCGCAGCCCCUUUCCCCGCCCGCCCACACCGCGCACCGCCCGACCAGCUACGGGAGCACGCCGCCCCUCCCCCCUCCCCCUCCCCGCCCCGUGCCGUCGCUCACCAGCCCCAGCGUCGCCGUUCCCUGCUAACUCUAUCCCCUCCGCCUCUCGUCGUGCUGAGGAGGGCGGAGACAACUGCGGUGCGGUGGUGCCUCCUCAAAUCCCCGCCGACACUUUCUGCCGCCCCCAGGUGGAUCCUGUCCGCGGAUCCAGGAGGUGCUAUCUAGCUCCCUGAUCCAAGCUGAAAUUAGGAUCUGAACCUUCCGGGGCGAGCUGAUGUACGGCUCGCCGGUGUCCAAGGACCUCAACGUCCCGGUGCAGCCGCCCAUGAUCUCGUCCGGGCUGCUGAGGUACAGAUCGGCGCCCAGCACGGUGCUUGGCGACCUCUGCGAGGACUUCCUCCCUUCCGCGUCCGGCGCCGCCAGCCCCGACAACGUCUUCUCCAGGUUCCUCGCCGAGCACCACACCCGGGACGACAAGCCGUCGCCGCCACCGCCUGCCGCGGUCCACUUCCCGAGCGAAGCGGACAUGGCUUCCCAGCAGCAGCAGCAAAUGAUGUUCCACUCCCACCACCACCAGCAGCAGCAGCAGAUGGUGGGUGCCAAGUCCGGCCUUUACCGCACCGUGAGCUCAGACAUAGAAACCGCGGCCGCUGUUGGCACCGGUGGCGCCAGCAACCUGAUUCGGCAGAGCAGCUCCCCCGCCGGAUUCCUCGAUCAUCUGAACAUGGACAACGGAUACGGGGCCAUGCUGAGGGCGGGCAUGGCCACGGCGGACUCCCUCGCAGGUAGCGGUAGCAGGCUAAAGGGCCAGCUGAGCUUCUCGUCACGGCAGGGGUCAUUGAUGUCCCAGAUCUCAGAGAUGGACAGCGAGGAGGUCGGAGGGAGCAGCCCAGAGGCUGCCGGCGGAGGCAGGGGGUACAUCCCUGGGUACCCAAUGGGUUCUGGUUCUGGGUGGGAGGACUCAUCGGCGCUCAUGUCAGACAAUUUGUCUGGCCUGAAACGCCCCCGGGACUCGUCGGAGCCUGGCCAGAGCCGCAUCACGCACCAGUUCAGCCUGCCCAAGACGUCGUCUGAGAUGGCAAGUAUUGAUAAAUUCCUCCAGUUCCAGGACGCGGUGCCUUGUAAGAUCCGUGCCAAGCGGGGAUGCGCCACCCAUCCGCGCAGCAUCGCCGAGAGGGUGAGGAGAACAAAGAUCAGUGAGCGAAUCCGAAAGCUGCAAGAACUCGUUCCGAACAUGGACAAGCAAACCAACACAUCUGACAUGCUAGAUUUGGCUGUCGACUACAUCAAGGAACUCCAGAAGCAGGUUAAGGUGUUAAAGGAGACCCAAGCUAAUUGCACCUGCCCAGCAAGCAAGAGCCAGCAGCACUCUUGCUGAAGCCCUGAUGCACACUAUACAUGACCUGCAGAACUCGAAAGCAUCUUCACUUGGGAUAGAAAAAGAUGUAAGACAGCUCUCAUUUUUUUUUUGUGGGUUUGAACUGUAGCAUUUGAGGCUUAUCUACCAGACAGUGUGUAGCUUUAUAUGAGCACAGGGGAAUGGAACAAUGGCAUCAUCCUCAAGCAUUCAAGUGAUAGGGAGAAGGGUAAAAUUGGGGAGAUAUAUAGGAGAAACAACUGUAUAGUUUCGUUGUAGCUUUGCUAUAUGUAUACUACACUUUCGGUAUAAAGUGGUUAAUUUACCCCUAUUGCUAGUCGUAGCAGCUGUAAAUGUGCCGCAGAUAAGUUGUAGAAAAACUUGGAUGCGUUCAAUGCGAGCGAUAGUGUUUCGACUCUGAACAUAUAUUAUCAUUGAAUUAAUGGGCAUCCUCUACUGAGGUCUGGGCAUAGUCCUGCUUCCCC